GCGUCGCGCUGUAAUACUAACUCAGUUCCAGCUCUCUCCUCUUCCAUGUCUUCGCUAGCCCGUCUUCGCUUUUCUCGUCGCGUCGCUCGAGUACCAUUCAUUCGAACCAUCCAAACGACUGCCGACACUACGCAACUGCAAGACAGUGCUCAUGAGACCGAGCCUUUCUGGGUGAAGAUUCACGAAGACUCAUUCCAGACCUACAACUGCGACAAGCCAGAGCUCGAUGUUAAGGUAACAAAAAAUGAGCUUUUGGACAUGUAUAGGCAGAUGCAAACCAUGCGUCGGAUGGAGAUGGCUGCUGACGCUUUGUACAAAGCUAAAAUGAUUCGAGGGUUUUGUCACUUGGCUAUUGGACAGGAAGCAGUCUCUGUCGGUCUUGAACACGGUAUCACCAAAAACGACAAAGUCAUUACUUCAUACCGUUGUCACCCUCUGGCUGUUCUUCGUGGGGGAACGAUACAGGGCGUUAUCGGAGAGCUCUUGGGUCGCCAAAUAGGAAUGUCUCGCGGCAAGGGUGGUUCAAUGCACAUCUUCACUCCUUCUUUCUUUGGAGGAAACGGAAUUGUUGGCGCUCAGGUUCCGCUAGGCGCAGGCAUCGCCUUUGCUCAAAAGUACAAUGAAGAGGCGACGUGCACUUUUGCCAUGUAUGGUGACGGUGCUGCUAACCAGGGUCAAGUAUUUGAGGCUUUCAACAUGGCAAAGCUUUGGGACCUCCCUUGUGUGUUUGUUUGCGAAAAUAACAAAUACGGUAUGGGUACGUCUGCUGAGCGCAGUUCCUCCAACACGCAAUACUUUACCCGUGGCGACAAAAUCCCCGGCCUUCAGGUCAAUGGAAUGGAUAUCAUUGCAGUCAAACAGGGUGUCGAAUACGCUAGGAAAUGGACUGUUGAAGACAAGAAAGGUCCUCUCCUACUUGAAUUCGUCACUUACCGAUAUGGAGGCCACUCAAUGUCGGACCCUGGUACUACCUACCGUACUCGCGAGGAAGUUCAGAGGAUGCGAAGUACGCAAGACCCCAUCCGUGGCCUCCAACGUUAUAUCGAGGAGUGGGGACUUGCUUCUGAGCAGGAUCUCAAGCAAAUUGACAAGGAUGCUAAAGCCACCGUUGAUACCGCAGUUGAGGAAGCCAAGGCGUCACCAAUACCCAAUACUCAGGACUUGUGGACCGAUAUUUACUAUGCCGGAACUGAGCCAUCCUUCAUGAGAGGCAGGGAACGAGAAGAGGUUCACCAUUAUUAGCUUCUUGCGUUAGAUGGGGGAGCAUGAUCAUUUUAGAUGCUGGUAUAUAUACUUUCUACUUGCAAUUGAAGCCGUCAUUCAUGAGACGCUGUUUGUUUGAUAGCCUAAUCAUUACAUAAUAUUGUGUACCGAGAGUUGAACAUGCCAGGGAUUUUGAAAGUUCUUCAAAAAACUAUGUACAGUCAUUCCCACCUCCUUUAUACAGUCAAAUCUAGUUGCACCUUGGAAUGGGCAAGCAAAGCAUCUUUUUCAAAUCCGAUUUGAUAGAAAGUAGGUAUAAACCAUACUACCGCAAUCGAGAGUUAGCUGCCUCGCUUAUCAAACUUCGGCGUGCCGUGCCGAUAUUUUAGUUGAUCCAAUGGUUGAUGGGUUGGGGGUUGCCGCCCAGAAUCAAAUUAUAGUAAUUACUAUGGUUCACAGGGUACUUCCGAUUUCUUGAAUAUUGCGAAUAAUGUCUUAAAUUUUUGAGUAAAUAAAAAUCUG